CUACAUUUUGCUUUCCUUAAUUAUUCAUUCUUGCUCACCACGAGCAAGCACCACCUGUCGGGCGUUUUCCUUCCCACCAGCUCCAAGUCUCUGUUUCCCAAGAUUACCACCGAUCCCGCGCAUUAACCCUUGGCAUUCACCAUGGCAUCCCCUAGCCAAGUUGCUCCCUCGUGGCUCGCCCGGCUCGACGAGAUGGCCGCCGACAUCAUCCCCUCGACAUAUCCCAUCGAGACGGACACCCUGGGCAUCAUCAAGAAGCUGCUGCUCGCCCAGGGUGACGACAACGCAGCGGUUGGCGAGGCCGUGCACGAGAUCCGCUCCUUCUACACCACCAAACUGUUCCCGCCCAACGACCCCUUCUACAGGGACCUCCCGGACCACGGUGUUUCCCAAGUUGUCGGCGCCGUGGUCGACCACGUCUUUGAGCUCGCGAGCGCUGUGCCGUGGAAGGAGUCAGCACACAAGCGACUCGCUGACCUGCUCAUCGCGCUCAAGGAGAACGCCACCACCACCGGCUUCGAUCCCGCGGUACGUCGUUUCACUCUAUUACCCACCCGCCGAAUCGCUCACUCGCGCGCCGAACUCGAAUCCUAACUUCACCCUCUUAUCAGGAUCCCCAGCUCGGCUGGGAGUCGAGCAACCUCGAAUGGCACGCCGCCGAAAUUUGGCGCAGCUACAACCGUACGUUCAUCCAGCCUCGUAUCCUCGUCUCUGUUGGCCCGAAUCCAUUCCCACUCCCUUC